GUUGGCUCGACCAAUCAGAUGUUCCUCCGCUCUCUGCUCAUACGGCUCGUCGUGUUUCCCUCAUUACAGCUGUAACUCGAGUGUCAGUUGAACAGACCGCCGUCGGGAGAGCUGAGAGAAACACUCAUGGCAACUCGUAUCAGACCGAGCAGCAAGCGCUGUGCUGUCAUCGGGGGCUCGGGGUUUCUGGGCCGGCACCUCGUGGAGCGGUUAGUGGACCGCGGAUACACCGUGAGUGUGUUCGACAUCAGACAGGCCUAUGAGCUUCCGGGAGUGACGUUUCACCAAGGAGACUUGUGUGACAAACAGGCUUUGCUGUCGGCUUUGAAGGAAGUGUCUAUAGUGUUUCACUGCGCGUCUCCGGCUCCGGGCAGCGACGACCGAGCGCUGUUUCAGAGGGUCAAUGUCGACGGCACGCGGACGGUCAUACUGGCCUGUCUGGAGGCCGGAGUUCAGAAAUUAGUAUUGACCAGCAGUGCUAGUGUGGUGUUUGAAGGAACUGACAUCAAGAAUGGGAAAGAGGAUCUUCCUUAUGCAAAAAAGCCGAUUGAUUAUUAUACAGCGACCAAAAUCCAGCAGGAGAAGCUGGUGUUGGAGGCCUGCAGUAAAGAGAAGGGUUUCCUCACCGUCGCCAUCCGUCCUCAUGGCAUCUUCGGGCCCCGGGACCCUCAGCUAGUGCCCAUCCUGGUGGAUUCGGCCCGCAGGGGAAAGAUGAAGUUCAUCAUCGGAGACGGAUCCAAUCUUGUGGACUUCACCUAUGUGGAGAAUGUGGUUCAUGGGCAUAUCUUAGCCGCUGAACACCUCAAGGCUGACUCUCCGCUCUGCGCUCAGGCUUACCACAUAACGAAUGACGAGCCGGUGCGCUUCUGGGACUUCCUGUCGCAGGUUCUGGUGGGUCUGGGCUACAGCGCUCCUCGGCUCCGCCUGCCCUACACACUGGUGUACGUGUUAUCUCUGCUUCUGUGGCUGAUGGUGUUAGUGCUGCGCCCGCUCAUCCAGAUCAAGCCCACCUUCACCCCGAUGCGAGUCGCUCUGGCCGGCACACACCACUACUACAGCUGCGCUCGGGCCAAGCAGGACAUGGGCUACCGGCCCGUAGUGAGCCUGCAGGAGGCCAUCGCGCGCACCGUGGAGAGCUACCCGCAUCUGCGGCGCGGGGCGUAGCGGCGUUCGAGGACCACCGUUUAUCAACAGCGCACUGUUCACUUCAGAAUUUAAGUUUAAUGAUAAUUCAAGAUUGUUCAUCUCAAACAUCACGUUAAGGAAAACGUUCCAGGAUGUUUCUCCAUAUAGUGUCUUCAAUGGGGUCCAACGGGUCGAGAUGUGAGUUUCAGUGCAGCUUCAAAGUCUCGAAACCAGCGGACAUUUAUAACAAAUACACAUUUAUAUACUUUUAACAACAAAUGCUCUUUGUUUAUUCAUUUCUUUUGUAAAUGGCAUUUGAUUUAGUAGUUGUAAACAAUAGGUCUGUUCUUACGCCUACGUCACGCUUGACCUUUCAAUGUGAUGUGUGUCGUAUCACAGCGAGUGCAAGACGAGCAUCUGUGGUUAAAAGUAUAUAAAUGUGUAUUUGUUAUAACUGUCGGCUGUUUUGUCUAGAUCAGACUCUUAUUCCUCGGCUGGAUCGCGUCGAGACUUUGAAGCUGCACUGAAACUCACAUCUCGACCCGUUGGACCCCAUUGAAGUCUCUAUAUGGAGAAAUAUCCUGGAACGUUUUCCUUCAUUUCUUUUCGACUGAAGAGAGACGUGAACGUCUUGGAUGAUGUGGGGGAGAGUAAAUUAUCAGGAAAUUUUAAUUCUAAAGUGAACUACUCCUUUAGUCAUUCCUAUGCUAAUUGUGCCUUUUCACCAGGAUGUGGUGUCGAAUUCACACAGUAGAAAUGGACGAUUGCCUCUUCCGACUUUGGUCCGGAAGAAUUGCGACUAUGUACGAGCUAUUCAGUUUUUCUAAACCUGUCAGUAUAAAUUUUAAAUCAAGUUUCUAAUUGUCACAUUCCUUUUUCAGUGCAACGUGAAAUGGCAUUCACUUCCUGUUUUACUUCAUGUCUUCUUUUUUUUUAAAGGGAUAUUUCACCCAAGAAUGUACUUUGUCAUUCCAAACCCAUAAGAGUUUCCGUCUUUGUCACAAGAAAAACAAGGAAGAUAUUAGUAAUUAGAUUUACUUGAGGUUUCUGUUUCUCAACUGAAAGUUAAUUACAGCAAAACUUUUCAAAAAUGACAUUACGUGUAAAUGUAAUCUAGGGGAAAAUGUGAUGUGCGAUAACUUGUUAAAUAAUGUGGUAUUCUAUAUGCGAUAUGAUAUUGCUUUAAGUGUGUAAAAUUAAUUUAGAUUAAAAACUGAAAA